UUUCUGAUUCUCCACGCCGCAAACUUGGGCCCGCAUCUCUCAAAUUUCCAAGUCAGUGAUUGGUCUGAUCUCUCUGGAAAAGGUUAUGCUGUCAUGGUCCUGAUUCUCCCCGCAGAUGGUGUUAGAAAAUGGCGAGAUCAUGAAUUGGACCUUGUUGAAGUCGUGGCAGAUCAGGUGGCUGUGGCUCUCUCACAUGCUGCAAUUCUGGAGGAAUCAAUGCACGCUCGGGACCAGCUAAUGGAGCAAAAUUUUGCUUUAGAUAAGGCUCGUCAAGAGGCGGAGAUGGCUGUACAUGCUCGGAAUGAUUUCCUAGCUGUCAUGAAUCACGAGAUGAGGACUCCAAUGCAUGCCAUUAUCUCGCUGUCGUCACUUCUCAUGGAGACUGAGCUGUCCCCAGAGCAAAGAGUCAUGAUCGAGACAAUACUGAAAAAUAGCAACCUUGUGGCCACUCUCAUCAGUGACGUUCUGGAUCUUUCCAGACUAGAAGACGGGAGCUUAGUUUUGGAAAAUGAACCAUUCAAUCUCCAGGGGGUCUUUGGAGAGGUAAUCUCUCUAAUAAAGCCCAUCGCGUCAGUGAAGAAACUUUCAACAAAUUUGAUUCUGUCGGCCGACUUACCAGUUUAUGCAGUUGGAGAUGAGAAACGCCUGAUGCAAACAAUUCUUAAUAUAAUGGGAAACGCCGUGAAAUUCACCAAGGAUGGAUAUGUCUCCAUCGUAGCUUCUAUCUUGAAACCGGAGUCCUUGAGAGAUUGGCAAUCCCCAGAAUUCUAUCCAGUCCCAAGUGACAACCACUUCUAUUUAUGCGUACAGGUGAAGGAUACAGGGUGUGGUAUACACCCGCAAGAUAUACCCUAUCUGUUCACAAAGUUUGUGCAGCCACAUACAGGAUCACACAGAAACCAAGCUGGUGGAGGGCUGGGACUCGCCCUCUGCAAGCGAUUCGCGGGGCUAAUGGGAGGACACAUAUGGAUAGAGAGCGAGGGGCUGGAGAAAGGAUGCACGACUUCCUUCAUCAUCAGGCUCGGAGUAUGCAACGCUCCUCCGACCAAUUCACCCGCACUCCGCCUGGCCGUCAAAUCUCAGAGCAGGCAGUUGAACUGGUGAUCUGAGAUAUACAGAGACUUCUUUUACGAAACCUCCGUCUGGAAAAGACCUUAUUUAACUACGUAACGGUACGGUGAGUAAGUGAGCUCAUACGCAAAUGAAACGGGAAGCACUCGGAACCUUGGGACUGGUAGUGUUUUUACGCAACUUAUGGUUUUGUUGUUGUUGUAAAUAACUAAUCCGAUUGACAGGACAAGGGUUGUAUUGUCACCAUGAUUGGACAAUCCGAAUAUUAUACCUUAAUAAGUGUUUUCAGGUGAAUAUAAGUUUACAACGAUCGACCCGUUUA